GGCUGGCCCAGGAGGCUCCAGGCAGCCAUCAGGAGAUGCAGGGCCACCUGCCCACCUGUCUCCACUUUCUACUUCCUUUUUAUCAUCUUCGUGGUGUCCACCGUCUUCCACUGUCACCGGCGCCUGGCUCUGGUGCCCGGGCCCUGGGCCUACGCGGCCCGCGUGGUCCUGGACCCCCGGCACCUCCCCAGGGAAGGCAUGUUCACCAUCAAUGCCAUCGGGCGCCUGGGGAACCAGAUGGGCGAGUACGCCACGCUGUACGCCCUGGCCAAGAUGAACGGGCGCCCCGCCUUCAUCCCCGCCCAGAUGCACGACACGCUGGCCCCCAUAUUCAGGAUCACGCUCCCCGUGCUGCACAGCACCACGGCCCGCGGGAUCCCGUGGCAGAACUACCACCUGAACGACUGGAUGGAGGAACGCUAUCGCCACAUCCGGGGCCGCUACGUGCGCCUCACGGGGUACCCGUGCUCCUGGACCUUCUACCACCACCUGCGCCCCCAGAUCCUGCAGGAGUUCAGCCUGCACGAGCACGUGCGCGAGGAGGCCCAGGCGUUCCUGCGGGGCCUGCGGGUGAACGGGAGCCGGCCGGGCACCUUUGUGGGGGUCCACGUGCGCCGUGGGGACUACGUCCGCGUCAUGCCUCAGGUGUGGAAAGGGGUGGUGGCCGAUCGGGGCUACCUGGAGCAGGCUCUGGACCGGUUCCGGGCUCGCUACCACUCCCCGGUGUUCGUGGUCACCAGCGAUGGUAUGGCCUGGUGUCGGGAGAACAUCGACGCCUCCCGGGGGGACGUGGUGUUUGCUGGCAGUGGCCUUCAAGGCUCCCCCAGGAAGGACUUUGCACUUCUCGUACAGUGCAACCACAGUGUCAUCACCGUGGGCACCUUUGGCAUCUGGGCCGCCUACCUCGCAGGUGGGGACACUGUCUACCUGGCCAACUUCACCCUGCCUGGCUCCCCCUUCCAAGAUGUCUUUAAGCCCCAAGCGGCCUUCCUGCCCCACUGGGUAGGGAUCGCUGCUGACCUCGGACAGGCCCAACAGCACGGCCUCUAG